AGAAUUUUAAGUAUAGUGAAUGGAGUAGUAAAUUUUUUCUUCUAUUUUUCUUCUCUUUUAUUUUAUUUUAUUUUCCUUUCCAUGGUUCCAAACAGAGCCUUAACUUUUUGAGGGGGUGGGUUGUAGCGGUGAUGGUGGGUUGAGGACACAAAGUAGUGGUGUGGCGGAAGCGGCGAGGGGAGGGUAAAAUUGGCACAAUCUGCUCCACUCUUCCUUUCUCACGGAAUCUCACCAAUUUUGGUGAGAAAGAAACUGGGCUCUUUAAAGGGUUCUGGUCUCCCACGAUCUCUCACCCUCUCCCACCGUUUCUCCCCUUUCAAGUCAUCCAAAUAUGAGAGAGAGUCCCUUUCCCCUUAAUUUCUUUUCUUUUUCUCUUGAAAUCAUUCCAUCCAAACGAGAUGUUAAGGAUCGUGAACAAAAUUACACUCCAUCAAUUACUAUUUGCACCCUGUUCAAAAAAUUACUAUUUGCACCAAUUUUUGUCAAAGUUUUGAAUGUUUAUUUGCACCAAUAUAUAAACGCUGAAACCCUUAUUAAAAUUCCGUAAAGAAGAAAAAAGGUCCGGUGCCGUUUUACUCACUCAGAUCCUCUUUGUCCUGUCCUUGACUCUCUACUGUAAUUCUCGCCGGAGCACCGUCUCCCGUCGCCGCCGUGGUCCGCUAAGCCGCCGCUCAACAACACGGUAGUUCAUUCCUCUCUUUGACCCUAUCGCCAAUCGUAGUGAAAACCAGAAAGCAAGUAUGACACCAGUCCAACCGAAGCUUUCCACAGAUGAUGUUAGUCUUCUCAUGGUCUUAAUCGACACAAACCCUUUCUUCUGGAGCGCAGCAAACACCACCUCUCUCUCGUUCUCCAAAUUUCUCUCACAUGUCGUCGCAUUCUUGAACUCAGUUCUCCUUCUGAACCAACUCAACCAAGUUGUGGUGAUUGCCACUGGCAUCAACACCUGUGACUAUGUCUACGAUUCGGCAGCAGCGGGGGCCCUGCCUAAUCAGAGGGCAGAAAGUUUGUUGCAGAAGUUGGUGGAGUUUGUGGUUAAAGAUGAGCAAUUGGGCAAGGAAGACUCUGUUGAUGGGAUUGGGUCAUCACUUCUAUCUGGGUCUUUGUCAAUGGCCCUUUGUUAUAUACAGCGGGUGUUUCGUUCAGGGCCACAUCAUCCCCAGCCUCGAAUAUUGUGUUUGCAUGGAUCCCCUGAUGGACCUGAACAAUAUGUUGCAAUCAUGAAUGCAAUAUUCUCAGCUCAGCGGUCGAUGGUGCCCAUAGAUUCUUGCUUACUGGGGGCACAACAUUCUGCUUUCCUGCAGCAGGCUUCUUACAUAACUGGCGGUGUGUAUCUGAAGCCCCAACAACUGGAUGGCCUCUUUCAGUAUCUCUCGACAGUAUUCGCGAGUGAUUUGUAUUCUAGGAACUUUUUACAACUUCCUAAGCCUGUGGGGGUGGAUUUCCGUGCCUCGUGCUUUUGUCACAAAAACACAAUUGACAUGGGCUACAUAUGCUCUGUUUGUCUGUCUAUAUUUUGUAAGCAUCACAAGAAUUGUUCAACGUGUGGGUCAGUUUUUGGUCAGGCUCAAACAAAUGCUCCAUCAACGUCGAAUCAGAAGAGAAAGACUCCUGAGACUUGAGUCUUGACCCUCCUGAAAAUGAAAUGGAUUUGUUGCCGAUAUUGAGGCACAUGAAUAGAGACGAAUCAGUGUUGUUCUUCCCUCUUUCCCUCGAUGUGGUGGUAUUAACGUUGAUGAAGAAAAAUCUGAGAGAACUUCAUGGUAUUUCACCCAAUACAAUCUUAAUGCAGUGGGUUGAUCGCGAUUUCUGUGCAUCAGUAUUUUUCCAAUGAGGGUAAGGUUAAGGUAGAUGAUACCUUGUCUAAUUUUACACUCCAGUUGGAUUUAACAUCUUGCUUUUGGCAAUUCUAAAUUAGAGGUGGCAAUUGCAACCCAGAUUUUUGGAGCCCCCAAAUCCACCCGUUCAUCAAACACAUUUACAUUUACUUUUUUUUGAUUUUGAUAGGAUUUGGUCUUUGUGUAACCUGUGAAAAUCCUUAGUGUUCCCUUCCUACAUAUGUCGAAUUCCAAAAAAAGUAUCUCCAUCUCAAAUUGCUGGGUUUUUUUGGCAA